GUAGUUUUUAGUGAAAAUCUUUAAAAAUAAGGCUUAACUAUGACCAAAACAGCAGACAACGUGAACCCACAUAUCUACGACAAGGGUUUAGAACGAGAAAAAGCUACUACAGACUACGACGACGAUGUUGCAGACGAUUUUGAUUCGAGAGAAAUUUUCGAUUUAAUACGCAAUAUAAAUGACCCAGAACAUCCUUUAACGCUGGAAGAGCUAAGAGUGGUGGAAGAGAAGAAUGUAUUAGUUAAUAAUAAGGAGAAUACGGUAAUGGUGACGUUCACGCCUACGAUACCUCACUGUAGCAUGGCCACUUUGAUAGGACUAUCAAUCCGUGUGCAACUCCUCCGUGCUCUGCCAAGCCGUUUUAAAGUGACCGUUGAAGUGACGGAAGGCAGCCAUAUUUCUGAACAUGCAGUUAAUAAACAGCUAGCUGAUAAGGUUGGUGAUAGAUUAUAUCAUUCAUUUAUAUCUAUUUGUUAAGUUAUAUUGUAUUGCUUCCAUUUAAAUUUGAAGAAAAUAUUCCACCUUAAACGGUGGCAAAUUAGGGCAUGAAUCCUUUUUCGCGCACUUUCCGGUACCCGAUCUACUAGAUUAUCUAAGAUAUCUAGGAUUUUAUAAUACUCUAUCUAAGUACGAGCUUUGCCGAAUAAAACUGAGAAAUGCUAAUCAAGUGUUAUGCACAUGUCAGUGAAUUCAGAAAUAUAAAACGCUCCCUUGUAAACUUGUCAAUUUCGACGUAUGAUACUUUACAUAGGAGGGGUUGAAAUGUUUAUAAAUUUUUAUUUGCAGAGAGCAAUCCAUAGAGUUAACUGCUCCCAACGAAGCUAAAAAUUAAAUAAAUAAAAUUAAAAUGGCCUUUAUUCACUGAUUACUUCUAAAUUAAUUCUAAGUCUAACCUAAUGCUUACUU